CGUCACAUUGUCCGAUCCCCACCAAGCACAACUUCCACGGACUCUGAAGAUAUACUUGGGGCAAUUGCGAGCCAGGGAGCCUCGAAGCUUUCAAACUCUGCCUUGCAUUCAUCUGCACCUUCCAGAAAGGAGGCCCGAGAUAAUACCCCACUGCUCCGUGAAGACGCCUUCAUGUAUUUGAAGGCCGAAUAAAGGUCGAUGCAGUCUCCAGGAGAUCUGUCUGACGAUAAUAUUGCUAACCAUUCCCGACCAACCAUCAAACGAAAGCUCAACGACAACCAGAUAAACUCUGCGGGCUCGAAAGAGACGCGGCAGCCCCUCUCAGCACCGAUCAGCGCGUCAUUAAACGCCUCGAAACGAUUGAAGACGUCCCAUUCCACAGGAAAUCUCGGAAGAUCCGCAGACAUGAGCAAGACUUUGGAGUUAGGGUCCCGGCCCAAAAUCAUCGACUUGACACGGCCGCCAUCGAAUUUCCAGCCACACGCCGGUGCGAAGAGACUGGUGAUCAAGAACCUGAGACCUACUUCGACGAAGAGCGUGGAUGAAUACUACGGCCGGACGUGGUCGGAACUUGAUGCUGCUCUCACCUCGGUGUUCAACAAACGUCCACCAAGCACACCGUUAGGAGUUCUGUGUCGGGGGGUGGAGGCGACAUGUCGAAGGGGGCAAGCGGAGAAACUGUUCCUGCAUCUCAAGGAUCGAUGUAAAGGUUAUCUCGAAAAGCAGCUCCUGCCAGAGCUUGAGAAGCAGUCCGGGACAAGUAAUGUAGAUGCUCUACGGGCUGUGCAGCGGUUUUGGGUGGCGUGGAACGAACAAUCGACGCUCCUGCGCUCCAUCUUCAGUUAUCUCGAUCGAUCUUAUCUCUUGAACGUCAAAGACCUUCCUCAACUCGAAGACCUUGGGAUACAACAAUAUCGCCAUACCAUAUUCACGAAGAGCAAAGGCAAUGGUCGGCAGAACCUGGGCACCAAAAUGGUACAGGGAAUGUGUGAUCUUGUUUCGUAUGACCGAGCAAACCAGGAAGAAUUAUUCGAUUCAACACUCCUGAAAGAUUCGAUAUUGAUGCUGCACAUCUUCGGCGUCUAUGGGAAGUCUUUCGAACCUCAAUUCCUUCAGCAGAGUGCGAGGUAUUUCACAACUUUUGCACAAGAACGAAGCAAUUCCUUGUUAAGGAACUAUAUCUCUGCUGUGCACAACCUGCUGGCCCGGGAGGCUCUUCGUGCCGACACAUAUAAUUUCGACAGCACAACUAAAAGAAGUUUACUGGAUUCGGCUCACCGGAUACUCAUUGAAGAGAAGUCUUCAUUACUGCUUGAUCCCAAGGGUCUAGCGGCCCUCAUCGAAGACAAUGCAAUGGAUUCGAUGAAGGCAUUGUAUAAUUUACUCACUCUCUCGAAAAUGCAGCUGAAGCUCAAGGAACCUUUCGAGAUUUAUAUCAAGACUGCAGGAGCGGCCAUCGUCAGUGAUAAGGAGAAAGUGGAUGAAAUGGUCGUCCGUCUUCUUGAGCUCAAGAAAUCUCUCGACAAGAUUAUUCGGGAUUCAUUCGAGAAAGAUGAGGCCUUCUCUUACAGUCUCCGGGAAGCUUUCGGCAACUUCAUCAACGAUAAAAAGAACACCUUGGCAUAUGGUACCAGUAAUUCGAAGGUUGGAGAGAUGAUUGCGAAAUACAUGGAUUCGUUGCUUCGAGGGGGCCUAAAAGCUGUUCCCCGUUCUUUGACAUCCGAUACCAAGGAUCGAGAUGCUGCCGAGAAGCAGGGUCUUGCGAGCACCGGCGAUGAGGACGCCGAGCUUGAUCGACAACUGGAGCAAGGCUUGGAGCUUUUCCGAUUCAUCGAAGGGAAAGAUGUUUUCGAGGCUUUCUACAAGAAGGAUCUCGCUCGUCGACUCUUGAUGGCUCGCAGCGCAAGCCAAGAUGCAGAACGGAAUAUGCUAGCCAAGUUAAAGAUCGAGUGUGGAUUUGCUUUUACUCACAACCUUGAGCAAAUGUUCAAGGACCAAGAGAUCGCCAGGGACGAAAUGGUUGCUUACAAACAAUCCCUCAGCAAUACCAGCAAGACAACUAUGGACCUCCAAGUCAACGUCUUGUCAGCUGCGGCGUGGCCAACGUACCCCGACGUGACUGUUAAGCUUCCACCUGAGGUUUCAAAACAUCUCGAGAAAUACGAUCGACACUAUAAGCAUAAGCAUACCGGCAGAAGACUAACCUGGAAACACGCUCUCGCCCACAGCAUAGUCAAAGCUCAAUUCAAGAAGGGACCGAAAGAGCUUCUCGUUUCCGCCUUCCAAGCCAUCGUUCUCGUACUCUUCAACGACAUCGCAGAAGGCGGAAAUCUCUCCUACAAAGACAUUCAAGAUUCCACCGGCCUCGUCGACGCCGAGCUCGAGCGAACCUUGCAAUCCCUCGCCUGUGCCAAGUUCCGUGUGCUUACAAAACAUCCCAAAGGAAGGGAGGUCAAUCACGACGACACCUUUACCGUGAACCUCGCUUUCACAGAUCCCAAGUAUAGGAUCAAGAUCAAUCAGAUCCAGUUGAAGGAAACGAAGGAAGAAAAUCAAGAGACGCAUGAGCGGGUGCAUCAGGACAGACAGUACGAGACUCAAGCGGCGAUUGUGCGGAUUAUGAAGAGUCGAAAGACGAUCACGCAUGCGAAUCUCGUUGCGGAGGUGAUUGAGCAGACGAAGAAGAGGGGCGCGAUUGAGUUGGGGGAGAUUAAGCAGAAUAUCGACAAAUUGAUCGAUAAAGAUUACAUGGAGCGCGAGGGUAGUACUUAUGUGUAUGUUGCAUAGAUAGGUUGGAUUUGCAUGGUUUGUAAUAGGGUUUAUAAAGUGAACAUGAAGAUAUUGCAUCUUUAGAAAGAGGUAGAGAAAUGAGAAAUGUCUCAUGAAUGUUCCCCCU